UUCAGUGUUCUCAAACGAUGGGAUGGAGAGCGGUUGUCCGGGGUAGAGUGAAAUAUAUCUACUGCUGCAAAUAGCUGCACCGAUUCAGCUUUAAACUGUUUUUAUUCCAAACUAAGAAGUCAGGGAUAAGGAGUAAACACUUUAUGUAAUGAACGUUAUUUAAGCUCACCACCGUUAUUUUCUCAUUUCAUUGCGAACUUCAUUUUCUAGAUUGAACUUUGCCUUCCUCGAAUUGGCUCUGAGGCUGCCUUCUAAGAACAUUUAAACAUCUAAUUCUGGGGAAGCUUUAUUUUUUUUUUUAAAUAUCAUAGACUAAUGUUUACCUACUGGAAUUAUUUUUGUUAUAUUUUACCUGCAUUUGCGUUGUGUAACAGCAUGGAAUCCAUUUGUAACAACGGAUUUUUAACGCUACUUUUUGGGGCUGUGCUUACAAUGGUCAAAUAAUAUGGAAAUAUCCUCUUGAAUUUACAUUUUUGGUUUGAACAAAUACAAUUAUUUGUUAGACUAAUCAUAUGACUGAAAAUAAGCAUGGAGGGGUCUCCUUUGAAGAUACUGAUUUCUCUCUGGUGUCAGUUGGUGGUUGCUGCCUACAGUGUGGAGCUAGGAACAUACGACCUAGAACGAGGCAGACCAGCCAAAUGCGAACCCAUAGUAAUUCCCAUGUGCCAGGGCAUUGGCUACAACAUGACCAGAAUGCCCAAUUUUAUGGACCAUGAAAACCAAAAGGAGGCUGCCAUCAAGCUGAAUGAGUUUGCACCUCUAGUGGAUUACGGCUGUGAUGUGCACCUUCGUUUCUUCCUCUGCUCUCUCUACGCCCCAAUGUGCACUGAUAAAGUGUCUACCUCCAUCCCAGCCUGCAGGCCCAUGUGUGAGCAGGCCAGGCAGAAGUGCUCACCCAUUAUGGAGAAGUUCCACUACGCAUGGCCUGACUCUCUGGAUUGCUCCAGGCUCCCGACUAAGAAUGACCCCAACGCGCUGUGCAUGGAGGCUCCAGAGAAUGACACCAAGACGGAUAUCAAGAAGGGAGAGGACAUGCCUUUUGUUCCCCCUCGGCCCAGGCAACCGGGUAGCAGUAAUGGGCGCUCCAUGGGCAGUCUUGGUUCCUGCGAGAACCCAGAGAAGUUCCAUUACGUGGAGAAGAGCCAGUCGUGUGCUCCCCGCUGCUCCUCUGCAGUGGACGUGUUCUGGUCCAGACGGGACAAGGACUUUGCCUUCAUCUGGAUGACGGUGUGGUCAACACUCUGUUUUGUCUCCACGGCCUUCACCGUUCUCACCUUCCUCCUGGACCCCCACCGCUUCCAGUACCCUGAACGGCCCAUCAUCUUCCUCUCCAUGUGCUACAACGUCUACUCUGUGGCCUUCAUCAUCCGCUCGGUGGCCGGGGCCGAGAACAUCGCCUGCGACCGGGAGAAUGGCGAGCUCUACAUCAUCCAGGAGGGGCUAGAGUCCACAGGCUGCACCAUCGUCUUCCUCAUCCUCUACUACUUCGGUAUGGCCUCGUCCAUCUGGUGGGUCAUCCUCACCCUCACCUGGUUCCUGGCCGCUGGUAAGAAGUGGGGCCACGAGGCCAUUGAGUCCCACAGCAACUACUUCCACAUGGCCGCCUGGGGCAUCCCAGCUCUGAAGACCAUCGUCAUCCUCACCAUGAGGAAGGUGGCAGGGGAUGAGCUGACGGGUCUGUGCUACGUGGGCAGCAUGGACUCUGGCGCGCUCACCGGCUUUGUGCUCAUCCCUCUCUCCUGCUACCUGGUCAUUGGCACGUCCUUCGUCCUCACCGGCUUUGUGGCGCUAUUCCACAUCCGCAAGGUGAUGAAAACCGAAGGCACCAACACGGAGAAGCUGGAGAAGCUGAUGGUGAAAAUCGGCAUCUACUCCAUCCUGUACACGGUGCCCGCCACCUGCGUCAUYAUYUGCUACWUCUACGAGAGGCUYAACAUGGACUACUGGAAGUUCAKRGGKCURGAGGKCAAGUGCGUGUCGUUCCCCGGGCGCCGGAACGAGGACUGCUCCYUGGAKGCGUCGGUGCCCACYGUGGUGGUGUUCAUGCUGAAGAUCUUCAUGUCUYUGGUGGUGGGCAUCACCAGUGGUGUGUGGGUGUGGAGCUCCAAGACCCUGCAGACCUGGCAGGGCCUGUGCAGCAGGAAGCUGGCAUCAGACAGGACUAGCAGGAAGCCCUGUGGCAGCGUGAGCUGCAGCAGUACACACUGUCAUUACAAAGCCCCUGCCGUGGUGCUCAACAUGGCCAAGACAGACCCUUACUCAGACAGYCCCACACAUGUCUGACGCUGACAGUCAGUAUAUUACCAGUAUGCAGUUCAUUCAAUGCUCUGUCUAAACGCAAGGAGCUACUGGGGUGACAUUGUAAUAUAUAGAAUGAGAUUGAGAGGAAGGAGAGAAGUUAUAAUUCAGCUGUCCAUUGUUUCUUUUCUGUGCAACUUUCCUUAUUUCAGUAUUGAUGGGAAAUGUCCAGCAUUGCUCUCUAUAAACACACAAGAUGUGUGGACUGUACUGCAUAGAGAUGCUCAACUGUAAUGCAGAAAAGGACUUGCAUGGACAUUUUAAAGGAGAGGCAUUGUUCUCCCCUGAACUGGGUAUAAAUAACUACAUAAAUAUGUUUAAAUGUUAAACAGUCUAUUUAUUGUAUAUAUAUUUAAUUGAAGUUUACUUUGGUUUCUCACAAGUUUUGAUUGGAGUGAACAUGCAUCCAUUAGGCUAAAGAGUAAACUACUGAGCAUCAAGGACAAUACAGUGCCUCUUAUUAAGUUCUUAAGAAUAAUAAAAUCGGGUAUACAUUUUCAAACUGCCUUUUAAUUGUA